AUGGAUGCCAACCAGAACAACGAUCCAACAAAGAAGACCUACCACAAGAAAGCUACUGGCAAAGCACUCGAAACUGUAGAAAAACACUCGCAGGACCAUGAACUCAAACUCUUUGGAAGCUGCUUCUGUCCCUUCGUUCAGAGAGUGUGGAUUUCCCUUGAGAUGAAGGGGCUAGGUUACCAGUAUAUCGAGGUCGAUCCCUACAAAAAGCCACAGCAACUGCUUGAAGUCAACCCUCGGGGUCUAGUCCCAGCCCUUCGACAUGGCGACUGGGGCUGCUACGAGUCCACUGUUUUGAUGGAAUACCUCGAAGACUUGCAGAAGGGUGAGGCACUGUUGCCCAGCGAUCCAAAGUUGAGAGCGCAUUCACGCUUGUGGUCUGAUCAUAUCAAUCGUCACAUUGUUCCCGGCUUCUAUCGGUACUUGCAAGCCCAAGACGAAAAGUCUCAGAUCAAGCAUGGAGAAGAGCUCAAGGAGCAGAUCUCGAAGCUUGUUGAUACGGCCGACAAGUCUGGUCCUUUCUUCUUGGGUGACAAAAUGACCUUUGUCGACGUCCAGAUGGCCCCUUGGGUAGUUCGCCUUCGCAAAGUCCUCCAGCCAUACAGAGGCUGGCCCGAACCUGAGGCCGGCACUAGAUGGACAAGCUGGGUUGAGGCUAUCGAACAGAACCAUGCUGUGAGAGCUACCACGAGCACAGACGACCUAUACAUCGACUCCUACGAGCGAUAUUUUGAAAAUCGUCCAAACACAUCCCAGGUACAACAAGCCAUCAACUCUGGCCGCGGACUUCCCUGA